AUGUUUACGCCCCCCGGAGGCACGGCUUCGGCUUCUCCCACCGUUUCGGCGGCUCCGGGUGGCCUCGUCAACCACGCGGAAGCACAGGAAUCUUCGGGACAGCCCCAGGCCCGCAACGGUGGCUCGAGUACGCUUGUACCCACUGCGCUCCCUCCGGACCCCUCGCGACGUACCUCUACGGAUCACCAACGUCGUACGGUGCUGACUGCACCACCGUUGCCGAGCGCAAGUAACGGUUUCCCAAAAUCGGAAGGUUCAUGUUCUUUGUCACGAAAUAGCGGUCCAGAGCCUCCCGCGGCCGCUGGCCAUGUUGGCCGAGCGUCCGCGAUGAAGUCCGCUUUUAGUGAACAGGCGUACGCCGACGUUUUGCGCGAAAAUGCCCGCGUAGACCGCUUGGUUUCGCACGCUUCUGCGGCUGGUCCACGGCUUUUGCCCUCCUCUCCUCGUAACUCACAAUCUGGCCAGCCUUCGGGUGGCACCCAGAUUGUCCUGCCGGUUGCCGGCGCCAUUUCCCUUGAUGAUAUUUCUUCGGGGAAGGUAAGCGCACCCGCGCGGCAGGCCCCUGUUUUUGAUGGAAGUCAGGAAUACUACAACGAUGAGGUUUUCCUUUGGAAACCGCCGUCCUUUCUGGCUAAUUGGACGCCCUGUGAGUUCUCGGUCCAUGGCAUUCGCUACGUGUGCGGCGAACAGUUCAAGACGGCGGAGAAAGCCCGCAUUUUCGGCGAUCAUGCCGUUUAUGCCAAAAUCAUGGCUACCUCCGACCCGAUGGAACACAAGUCCCUUGGUCGCAAGAUAGCGGAGGCUAGCCCUUAUGACGGAUUGUGGGGCGUUGGUGUUGAUUCCUUCGAUCCGCGUGCGGCGUCGCCCUCCAAGUGGACUGGUAAAAACCUCUUGGGCAAAGCGCUUGUUGCGACGCGCAUGCUUCUGCGUGUGCGACCGGUCGAACCCGAUACUCGGGGCAAUCUGCCCCCGUGUGUCCCACUAUACACGAAAUUGCACCCCCGGGGGAGGAUUCUUCAGCUGACGAGCCCCCUUCCGAGGACGCGCGUGGCCCCUUGGGCGUGCCAGCGAACACGCCCUCGGACCACUUGA